GGGCGCUCUCCCCGCCAUUGCAACACCAUGUGGAAAUUCACGCCAUUUUGACCACAGAACAGUCGUAUUUCCGAAGAAAAUCUAUUCAGACUUUCAACUUUUGGUCUUAACUGGAAGAGUUCGCCCGGAUUGGGCAUUCCUAUUAACUGACCAAGAUGUCGAAAAGAAAAGAUCAUAACAGGGAUGGCGAGGACAAGCUCACACGUAUCGCCAUCGUCAACAACGACAAGUGCAAGCCCAAGAAAUGUAGACAGGAGUGUAAGAAGUCUUGUCCAGUUGUUCGAAUGGGCAAACUUUGUAUUGAAGUUACCCCAGCAGAUAAGAUAGCCUUUAUUUCUGAAGAACUGUGUAUAGGAUGUGGUAUAUGUGCAAAGAAAUGUCCAUUUGAAGCCUUGUCAAUCAUCAAUUUACCUAGCAAUUUACAUAAAGAAACAACUCACAGAUAUAGUGCCAACUCUUUCAAACUACACAGAUUACCCAUUCCUCGACCAGGAGAAGUUCUUGGUUUGGUGGGGACAAACGGAAUCGGAAAGUCUACUGCUCUGAAAAUCCUAGCAGGAAAACAGAAGCCAAACCUUGGCAGAUAUAAUGAACCACCGGACUGGACGGAAAUCCUGACAUAUUUCCGAGGGUCCGAGUUGCAGAACUACUUCACGAAGAUUCUUGAGGAUGAUCUCAAAGCCCUCAUCAAGCCGCAGUACGUCGACCAGAUUCCCAAGGCCGUCAAGGGGGCGGUUCAGAUGCUGCUGGACAAGAAAGAUGAGAUGGAGAACCAGGUUGACAUCUGCACACAGCUAGACCUAAUGCAUGUACGGGACCGAAAUGUGGAGGACUUGUCCGGUGGGGAGCUGCAGAGAUUUGCUAUAGCUAUCGUCUGUGUGCAGAAAGCAGACAUUUUCAUGUUUGAUGAGCCAUCUAGCUACCUGGACGUGAAGCAGAGGUUAAAAGCUGCCCUGACGAUCCGUAGCCUCAUCCACCCAGACAAGUACAUCAUCGUGGUGGAGCAUGACUUGUCUGUUUUGGACUACCUGUCCGACUUCAUCUGUUGUCUGUAUGGCGUACCAGGGGCCUACGGCGUAGUCACUAUGCCCUUCAGUGUCAGGGAAGGUAUCAACAUUUUCUUGGAUGGGUUUGUUCCAACGGAAAACCUUCGAUUCCGAGAAACAUCCUUGACCUUCAAGGUAGCAGAAACAGCCAUUGAGGAGGAGAUUAAGAGGGUUUGUCGCUACGAGUACCCUGAAAUGAUGAAAAAACUUGGAAACUUCCGGCUGAAAAUAGACCCCGGCGCCUUCACAGACUCGGAGAUCAUUGUCAUGUUGGGGGAGAACGGGACUGGCAAGACGACCUUCAUCCGCAUGUUGGCAGGGAAGCUGGAGCCUGAUGAAGGAGGCAGGACCCCUGUGCUGAACAUCAGCUACAAACCCCAGAAGAUCAGCCCCAAGCAUCAGGGCACAGUCCGCCAGCUCCUCCACGAGAAGAUCCGGGACGCCUACAUCCACCCCCAGUUCGUCACCGACGUCAUGAAGCCCCUGAUGAUCGAGAGCAUCAUUGACCAGGAGGUCCAGAACUUGUCUGGUGGUGAGUUGCAGCGUGUGGCCUUGACCUUGUGUUUGGGAAAACCGGCAGAUGUGUAUCUGAUAGAUGAACCCUCCGCCUACCUGGAUUCCGAACAGCGUCUCCACGCUGCCAAGGUCAUCAAGAGGUUUAUUCUACACGCCAAGAAGACUGCCUUUGUUGUAGAGCACGAUUUCAUCAUGGCUACCUACCUCGCCGACCGAGUCAUCGUCUUUGAAGGAAAUCCGGGUUUGGACACAAAGGCUAACACCCCCCAGUCCCUUCUGAACGGCAUGAACAGUUUCCUGAUGUCAUUGGAGAUCACAUUCAGAAGAGAUCCCAACAACUUCAGACCCAGGAUCAACAAGCGACACUCAGUCAAGGAUGUGGAACAGAAGAAGGGAGGGAACUACUUCUUCCUCGAGGACUGAGCCGUGGGAAGGCCACAUUUCCACUUAGGUCAAUGGCGGUGUCUGGCUGCAAGGGGAGACAACCACUCAGCUGCAAGGGGAGACAACCCCAGGGGUGGCCGAUCUGAAGAGGAUGUCCUUCCUCAGUCUAAUUUAUUAUAUGCUCAACUCAUGAAGUUGUACAAGCCUGAAGACUAAACUCUGCCUUUCUAAACUCUGGAAUGCACUGUUUACUUAGCUUCUUCAGAGCAUCUAUCAAAUGAAUUACAGCAUAAUGCUGUACAGAACAGAUGAAUUGUGCCAUUGAUACACUAGAUUUCAAAUUCAUAUUUCACAAGUAACUUGAGGUGCAGUGGCUACAUGUGUAGCCAAGUGUUUACCUGUCGUGCUGGUAGAAAAGUUGGGAUGGUUAAGCAUACCAUAAUGUGCUUGUUGCAGAGUUCCAACGAGUAAACAACUCAUUUUCAAAACAAUGUCAGAAUUUUUGGUCUGAUCCAAAAGGUACCGGUUAUCAAAGCUGUGUAUAUGAUGUAUAUUGUAAAAUAAAAUUUAUAUUUGUAAAUAUAUUGUAUCAUUUUACCUGAUUAAAUACGGGGGUCAACAUAUGUCGGUCAACACAUUGGUGGAAGCACAGCGCAAAUGUCCAUUUUAAACUCAGUUUGCCAUAGAAAUAUUCCAUUUUCUAAAAUUCAUGUACAUUUGAAGUAGGAUAAUAUUCUGUGUGAUAAUUAAGAUCAAAUCUUUGAGUUUUGGAAUUGGGUUGGGCAGGUGAAAUUAAAUAAAGCUUUGAACUGUU